AAGAAGAAAACGCUUUGGUAGUCUUUAUUCGACAUCGCGAUGAUGAAGUUAUUAAUCAUUGUUGCUGUUCUACUGUUCGGCUGUCAGGCGAGGCCAUAUGGUGAUGAGAAGAAUGCGAAGAUACUGCAGAACGACAUGAACCACUAUAGGAUUAACGAUUUCGGACAAGGUUUUUAUUCAAAUAGUUUCCGAACGAGUAAUGGAAUUACAAAGAAGGAAUUUGGUUCUGUUGACUUUAAUGUCGAUCAUCCAGUGCUCGUAGUUCGAGGAAUAUACUCAUAUAUCGGUACAGAUGGUAAAAAAUACGAGGUUACUUAUGUGGCCGAUGAAAAAGGGUUCCGAAUUUCUAAAAUGGCUAUUAUAAAAACUGAACCACACAAAAACAUAAAAAGAUAUUAAUUAGUUCCUCAUAUAGAGA